AUGAAAAACAAGUACUCUCCUAUUUCAGAUUCUGAUGACUCUUCCAAAACGCUCAAUGAUGAAAAGGCAGAUAGUCAGUCGUUUCCUUCUGAUGGUACGCCUCCUCCGUAUUCAGCUUCAAACAAGUUUAUCGAUUUAGAAAUGGCUGAUGGAUCCGCUCAGAAUUCCGCUAAUAAUUCUGGUUGGGAUGUGGUGCUUUGCCAGAAAGUCUUAGCAGGCAUCUUGUUGCCUAUAACUAUUGGGUAUAUUGUGGCCUAUGCUAUUCUUCUUGUGUUAUUUUUUGGUUUCAAGGCUUCUGUGAAUGCGAAAACCCUUUGGGGGCUUUUUGGUGGCUUUGUUGCAGCCUUUGUAUUGUUUCUGCUUGCAAUAUUUCAAAUGCCUAAAGAAUGGUUCCCGCAGGCCAAACAAGGGCUCACGCAAGCUGGAAGAGCAACCAAAAACGUAUUGUCAGCUAUGUGUAUCUCAGUAUUAUGUGUGUGUUUUCUCGAUGUCCUCGGUUUCACCGCGUAUUAUGCUGCAAAGAAGUUCACAGGAUUUGAAAAGAUAAACAACAAUUUUUUCUAUGCUGUUUGUUUUGUUAACUUUGUCUUGUUUCUUUAUUUGACGAUAAACGGAAAGGCUCGUGAAAGCGUAAACUCUAGCUGCGUUAGUUUCGCAAAAACCGUGAAAAAGAGCAUAGGAAUGAGUCUAAGCGUUAUGGUAGACUUUUUGUUGUGGGAUUCAGGAACAAAUCGAGGAGAAGAAACACCUCGUAACGAAGAAAUCGAACUUCAGCCUCUUGCUGAGCAAAUCGCUGAAGUUUGA